GCCUGACGUCACGCGGACACGUGACUGACAGCCGAGAGCUCGCCGUCCUCCUCCUCAGUCAGUCCGGAGUGGUAGCUCCAUUAUGAAAGACUCAUCCUCCGCUGGGUCCGGAGCUGAGACGGCUGCUGGGCGCGCUCUUCGAUCGGCCAAGGGAUCCUUCCCCACACGAGACAUCUCCGAUAGAUGGCUGAACGUCCCGGAGGAGGCCUGCCUGACACUUCACGGUGAAGAGAAUGUCCCAGAAAUCUUGGAUCGAAAGCACUUUCACCAAGAGGGAAUGUAUCUAUAUAAUUCCAAGUUCGAAGGACCCACACAGAUGCCUUCCAGGAUGCCAGAUUUGCCAGCAGCUUGUAAGAUGCUGCUGUGGCCGCCUGGUCAGACAACAUGCCUGUUUCACCGCCAGCAUCGCUAUGAAGUACUCCGAUUUGAAACUAGGUGAAAAUUUUACAGAAGAUUUGGAAGAAUGGUCCGUGGAAAAACACACAGAAGAGAGCCCAACAGAUGCAUAUGGUGUUAUCAAUUUUCAAGGUGGAUCACAUUCCUACAGAGCAAAGUAUGUCAGGUUGUCCUACAACACAACACCAGAAACCAUUCUGCAGUUGAUGCUAAAGGAAUGGCAAAUGGAAUUGCCAAAGCUUGUUAUUUCUGUACAUGGAGGAAUGCAGAAAUUUGAGCUUCAUCCACGAAUCAAGCAAUUGAUCGGAAAAGGCCUCAUCAAAGCUGCUGUAACCACCGGAGCCUGGAUUGUCACUGGAGGAGUCAAUGCUGGUGUAGCAAAACAUGUUGGUGAUGCUCUUAAAGAGCAUGCUUCAAGAUCAUCCCGCAAGAUUUGCACUAUUGGAAUAGCACCAUGGGGAGUCAUUGAAAACCGCAACGAUCUAGUUGGAAGAGAUGUCAUUGCUCCAUAUCAAACAUUGCUCAACCCCCUUAGUAAACUCAAUGUACUCAACAAUAUGCAUUCCCAUUUUAUCUUGGUGGAUGAUGGUACUGUUGGAAAGCAAGGUGCAGAAGUGAGCUUACGGAGAGAGCUGGAAAAAACCAUAAAUUUACAACGAAUUCACGCACGUAUUGGUCAAGGUGUUCCUGUAGUAGCCCUGAUAUUUGAAGGUGGCCCAAAUGUAAUCCUCACAGUUUUGGAAUAUCUGCAGGAAAACCCUCCUGUACCUGUUGUCGUUUGUGAGGGAACGGGCAGAGCUGCCGACAUAUUGGCUUUUGUGCACAAGCAAACGGAGGAAGGAGGGAAUCUUCCUGAAGGGGCCGAGCCUGAAAUCAUUUCAACUAUUAAAAAGACAUUCAACUUUAGCCAAUCUGAGGCCGUCCAUCUCUUUCAGAUUGUUAUGGAAUGCAUGAAAAGCAAGGAACUUAUCACUGUGUUUCACCUGGGCUCCGAUGAACAUCAGGACAUUGAUGUUGCAAUACUUACUGCUCUAUUAAAAGGAACAAACGCAUCUGCAUUGGACCAACUGAUUUUAACUUUGGCUUGGGACAGAGUUGACAUAGCCAAAAACCAUGUAUUCGUCUAUGGACAGCAGUGGCUGGUCGGUGCCCUGGAGCAAGCCAUGCUAGAUGCACUUGUAAUGGACAGGGUUGCCUUUGUAAAACUUCUCAUAGAGAAUGGAGUCAGCAUGCAUAAAUUUCUAACAAUUCCCCGGCUGGAAGAGCUGUAUAACACAAAACAAGGUCCUACUAACCCUACUCUGUUCCAUCUUGUCCGAGAUGUUAAGCAGGGUAAUCUUCCACCUGGCUACAAAAUUACUUUAAUUGAUGUUGGUCUUGUCAUUGAGUAUUUGAUGGGUGGUACCUAUAGAUGCACAUACACAAGGAAGCGCUUUCGUAUAAUUUACAACAAUCUUCAUGCUGGAAAUCGGCGUUCUGGCAGAAACACUUCAAGCAAUACACCUCAAAUGCGUAAACCCCAUGAAUCCUUUGGAAGCCGAGCAGAUAAAAAGGAUAAGAUGAGACACAAUCACUUCAUAAAGACUGCUCAGCCUUAUAAACCAAAGCAAGAUGCAUCAAAUGAUGAGGGGAAAAAGAAGAGGAUGAAAGAUGAGAUUGUGGACAUCGAUGAUCCUGAAAUGAAGCGUUUUCCUUACCCAUUUAAUGAGCUGCUGGUUUGGGCAGUGCUGAUGAAGAGACAGAAAAUGGCUCUCUUCUUCUGGCAUCAUGGGGAAGAGUCUAUGGCUAAAGCUUUAGUUGCCUGCAAAUUGUGCCGCUCUAUGGCUUAUGAAUCAAAGCAGAGUGAUGUUGUGGAUGACACAUCAGAAGAAUUGAAGGAACAUUCAAGUGAAUUUGGACAACUGGCGGUAGACUUGCUGGAUCAGUCAUUCAAACAAGAUGAAACCAUGGCAAUGAAGCUUCUCACGUAUGAGCUUAAAAAUUGGAGUAAUUCUACCUGCCUAAAGCUUGCUGUAUCGUCUCGACUUCGCAAUUUUGUUGCACACACCUGUACCCAAAUGCUGCUGUCUGACAUGUGGAUGGGAAGAUUAAACAUGAGGAAGAAUUCCUGGUAUAAGGUGAUUCUGAGUAUUUUGAUCCCCCCUACAAUUCUCAUGCUUGAAUUUAAAACAAAGGCGGAAAUGUCCCACAUACCACAAUCUCAGGAUGCCCAUCAGAUGGCAAUGGAUGACAGUGAAAAUAACUUUCAGAACCUACCAGAAAACAUUGCUAUGAAUGUGUUUAAGGAAGUUCAGGCAUUCGACAAUACAGAGAUGAAGACUGAAAUUGAGACUCAAACAAAAACCCGUCGGCUUCCGAUUACCCAGAAAUUCUAUGCAUUCUAUCAUGCACCAAUUGUGAAAUUUUGGUUUAACACUCUGUUUUAUUUGGCGUUUCUCAUGCUUUUCACAUUUGUGGUUCUUGUGAAGCUGGAGCCAUUGCCUUCUGCCCAAGAGUGGAUUGUCAUUGCCUAUAUUUUUACCUCAGCAAUUGAUAAGAUUCGAGAGAUUUUUAUGUCUGAAGCUGGAAAAAUAAAUCAGAAGAUAAAAGUGUGGUUCGGGGAUUAUUUUAAUAUCACUGAUACAAUCGCUAUCAUUACUUUUUUCAUUGGAUGUGGCCUGAGACUUGGAGCAUAUAAUUAUACCUCGGAAUCCCCUUUAAAUAGUGAUGGCAAUGAGGACAAUGAUGAUGGUGAUGCUCAAAAUCCUGUUUUUAUUGCUGGAAGACUGACAUAUUGUCUGAAUAUCAUUUUCUGGUAUGUCAGAUUACUGGAUAUAUUGGCUGUAAAUCAACAAGCUGGACCAUAUGUAAUGAUGAUUGGCAAAAUGGUUGCGAAUAUGUUCUACAUUGUUGUCAUUAUGGCUGUUGUUCUUUUAAGUUAUGGCGUUCCAAGACAGGCAAUUCUUUAUCCUUAUGAAGGACCAAGUUGGACACUUGCAAGGAAUAUUGUUUUCCAGCCUUAUUGGAUGAUGUUUGGUGAAGUGUAUGCUUAUGAAAUAGAUGUUUGUGCUGAAAACUCUGAGGUAAAAGAUUUAUGUGCCGUUGGAACAUGGCUGACUCCGUUUCUUCAAGCUGUCUACCUCUUUGUGCAAUAUAUUAUUAUGGUGAAUCUCCUCAUAGCUUUUUUUAACAAUGUGUACUUCCAAGUGAAGUCCAUUUCGAACAUAGUGUGGAAAUACCAGCGCUACCAUUUCAUUAUGGCUUAUCAUGAGAAGCCUUUUCUGCCACCACCUUUGAUUAUAUUCAGCCAUUUGUCUUCCCUCUUCUGCUUUGUUUGCAAACGAAGAAAGAAAGACAAGUAUUCACAUGGACCAAAACUGUUUCUAACGGAGGAAGAUCAGAAGAAGCUUCAUGAUUUUGAGGAGCUUUGUGUUGAAAUUUAUUUCAAUGAAAAGGAUGAUAAAUUUCAUUUAGGAAGUGAGGAGAGAAUUCGUGUAACAUUUGAAAGGGUUGAACACAUGUGUAUACAAAUCAAAGAAGUUGGAGAUCGAGUGAACUAUAUAAAGCGUUCGUUACACUCUUUGGAUUCGCAGAUUGGACACUUGCAGGAUCUCUCUGCCCUUACUGUGGAUACCUUGAAAACUCUUACUGCACAAAAGGCAUCUGAGGCAAGCAAGGUUCACAAUGAAAUCACCCGUGAGCUGAGCAUUUCUAAGCACUUGGGGCAGAAUCUGGUGGAUGAUGCCCCUUUACGCUCCUCCAUGAGGAAAAAGCAUAGUGUUAAUAAUUUCUUUGGCUCCUCCUUUCCGCAAGGAAGUCCCGAGGCCAACAGCAACUUUCUCUUUAACAUUUCUUUAAGAGAUGAAAGAAAUACUGUAGGAAAAAAGGUGGGAGACUUCUUUCCUCCUCAGAGAGAAAAACUUAAUAUUCCAGGUGCUGGUCCAUCUGGAAAUGCCUUAGUUUCUACAGUGGAUUGUCCUACAGAACUGCCGAAUGAUGCCCAGGGAGGCGUUUGUGUCAUGGAGAAUCAGAAUCUUGGCAUCUCCACCUAUAGCGUGCCAAGCUGUUCUUCAGCUUCAGCUACCUUUUUUGUUAGCACGCCAACCCAGCCAAACCUAAAACAUCAAAUGGAAAUGUCUCUCCAGGCAAAGUCCUCAAAAGUAGACAAUGCUGAGGAAUUUGGCGCUUUUGUUGGCCACAGAGACUCACUGGUUUUACAGAAACAACUUAAACACCCUGAAGAACAUACUGAAGGAGAAAUAAGCUCUGCAGACUUGAUGGGGUCUUAUCCUCCUUCCAGCCUGAAGCAAGUGAAAUCCUGUGCUGGAUUUACAGAACUCAGUAAAAUCUCCCAGACUUUGCGGCUAGAUCAAUUGCGUGGCAGUAGCAGACGAGCCUCUCUAACCGAGGAGACAAAUGUGGAGGACUCCAAAGAAACCUUUCUAGCGGAUUGGUUGCAGUCUCAUUCCUCGUCUGCAAGCAAACCAAAGCCUACAGCAGAGGAGGACGCCUUGAAUGGUAUUGGUUCACCGUUCAAACCAAUAGUGGACAUCAAUUAUUGCUAUUCAGCUGUUGAAAGGAACAACCUGAUGCGUUUGGCCCAGACUAUUCCCUUCACCCCGGUUCCUCUAAAAGGAGAGCUGGUCACAGUGUAUCGAUUGGAAGAGAGUUCUCCCAGCAUCCUAAAUAACAGCAUGUCCUCCUGGUCACAGAGGGGUCUGUGUGCCAAGAUAGAGUUCCUGAGUAAGGAAGAGAUGGGUGGAGGGUUGAGAAGAGCUGUAAAAGUGGCGUGCACUUGGUCUGAGAAUGACAUUCUGAAGGCUGGACACCUCUACAUCAUCAAGUCCUUCCUUCCCGAGGUGGUGAAUACCUGGGCAGUGGUGUACAAAGAAGACACUGUUCUUCAUCUCUGCCUUAAAGAAAUACAACAGCAGAGGGCAGCACAGAAAAUGACAUUUGCUUUUAAUGCAAUGAAACCCAAAUCCAUUCCGUACUCUCCAAGAUUUUUAGAAGUGUUCUUGUUGUAUUGCCAUUCGGCUGGCCAGUGGUUUGCAAUUGAGGAGUGUAUGAAUGGAGAGUUCCGAAAAUACAAUAACAAUAAUGGAGAUGAGCGUGUCCCAACGAAUAUGUUAGAGGAAACCAUGUUGGCGUUUAGCCACUGGACCUUUGAAUACACAAGAGGAGAGCUUUUGGUUCUAGAUUUACAAGGAGUUGGAGAAAACCUUACCGACCCAUCAGUUAUAAAAUCUGGAGAAAAAAGGUCGUCAGACAUGAUAUUUGGACCAGCAAAUCUCGGAGAUGAUGCUAUUAAGAAUUUCCGUGCUAAGCACCACUGCAAUUCAAUCUGCAGAAAGCUUAAGCUUCCAGACUUGAAGAGGAAUGACUACACUCCUGACAAAGUGAUAUUUCCUCAGGAUGAACCUCCAGAAUCAUCAACAGAUCCUGAUGAUUCUACCAAAGAGUCCAAAAAUUCUAUCCGUUUAAUGCUAUAACUGAAAACCCACAUGUGGUUGACAUUUCUCAAACCCUCACAAUGAGUUGGGUAUUGCACAUGUGUGCAUGCUGCUAGGAGUCUUGAUUCUUUUGUUUUAUUUAAUUUUUUUAACUUCUAAAGUGGAGACCUUACAUAAACGGUCCUACCGUGGGCCUAAGCCAGAGUUAGUAAAUCCAGGUUUUGGGUAAACUACAAUUUCAGAAUGCCUUGUUUAAUAGCUGGGGAAGUUCAUGAUGCUUCCUCUGAGGUUUCCACCUGCCCGUGAAUACAUCAGAGGGUAAUGUGUUGAUAGCAAACAUGAAAUGGUGACUUGAGUUUCAUUUGUGUAUAGUUGCUAUAUUUUAUAUAUUUCAAUUUUACCAGUUUGGUAAAGCCAUGAUCAGCAGAUAAUUCUUGUAUUUUAGAACAUAUAGGGAAAAUGUCCCUUGAAGUUGCCUUGUAAAGAUAAGUGCUUUUCUAGUAUACCUUGUCUGCUUCAGAAGUUAUCUUCCAAAGACCUCAAACUGUAAAACCUGUAUAUCAACCGAGAAUGUACAAAAUCUCUUAAUUUUUCAAUGUAUUUAUAUGUCUGUACAAAGAUCUUUUAUUGUUAUGUAGUACAUGUUUUAAUGAAUUACUGAAGUGGUUGUAAAUAAUGAAACAAUGCAAUGCAACAUGGCCAAUGAAUUGUAAUCUAAAUAUUCCAUGUUUUGAGAGAAUGUAUGUGAAAGCUUUUUCUUUUUUCAUUUUCUUUUUUUUUUUAAAGGUACUAUAUGCAGGUUUUAACUAAAGAACGAAUAAUAAAGUUCUAUACAUUUUUACUCUGUAGUGUAUCUUAUAGAUACAAUACUUAUAAAGGCACGAACAAAUUAGCUGUUAAAAUUGUUUUAUGUUGCUGGGGAAAAUGAAAUAUACUGUAUACAUUUUAUAUAUCAUUUAAAUCUUUUAAAAAUCUAAAAUAAAUUUAUUCUUCACACAAUUUGUUUUUUGUUGUAACCUUCCUUAAUCAUAAAGUCUUUAAUAUUUAAUACAUUAUGAAUUUAAAUACUUGGGGCUUUGGGGACAAUAACUGGACGUCACCUUUACGUAUGAGAAAGAGGAUGUGUGUGCUCUGUUACGAUGAUGUUUAGAUGAUGUGGUUAAUAUUAGCCAUAUUUUAGCGAGAUUAGCCUUGUCUCACCAUUUAUCAUUUGUGACUCAGAUGUUUACUGACUUCCUUCCGGAUCACAGACAAACCAGUCAAUAUCUGAUUGCUACAAUGCAAAAUGGCUUAAACAAAAUUGGCUCUUCUUAGAUAAGCAAAACGUUUCUAGCAGGGUGGUUACAUUUAAUUUUACAUAGAUAAGUCAUAGCAUUCAAAACCACUUGUCUCAUUCAGUGUAGGUCCCCCUUAUGCUAAUAAGUGUCCUGUGCCAUCUCACACUGAUAUUAGUAGCAGAUCUUUUAAAGGAGAUCACCAGGAUAGAAAAAUGUAUCCCCUCUCUGUGAUUGACAGCAGGCGUCGCCUCUCGGCUCAAUCUGCUUAGGAUCAGUUUUAUAGGUGCUCCAUUGCUACAGGCUGCAAUGGCUUUCUGCAGCACCGGAGCAUCGAUCAGAUGGUCCUGAGCAACAAACAGCAAAGGUAGCCAGUGGUAGCGAUGAAUACUUUAUUCGGAUCCCAUAAAAACCAGAGAACAGCCAACAAACAACUCAGAGUAAGCGUGGACGCGUUUCGGGUAACAGACGGGCCUGAGGCAGGCAGUAUUUUACCGCGGGUGUACCAAAUGGCUCCACUGAGCAGCCAGGAUCUGAUUUUCUACAUUUUAAGAUUUACGUGCUGCUAUCAACUUUGAUAGUGAUGUCUAAAUUGUUAUUGCUGGACAUUAUCCUGAUCGGUGAUGUCUGGCAUUAUCUAUGGGUCCCGGUUGCUGAUCUGGGACCAUCCUGCUAUGAUGCACGCAUUUAACUCCUGAGUGGACGCAACUAAACUAAAAAAAGAUUGUGUAAUCUCAUUUUUUUUCCAUACCAAAAAUACUUGUUUUUUAAUUGGUUUGUUUCUUAAUUUCAAUAUAUUUUAUGGUACAUUAACAUGUACCAUUAAAAAAUUAUAACUUAAGCUGCAAAUAAACAAGUUCUCAUACAAGAGGCAGGAUGGAAACA